CAACAGAGUCUCAUGUGAUCAUCUGAGAUAAAGGUGAGAAAUUAAAGGACAAACAAGUGACUCAUUUAAAUGGAUAUGCUUCAGACAAGAGAAACCUGUAAUUUCUCUUAGGCGUGCUUGACUUGACAGACCCAUCCAGGGUGAAUCACAGACUUACACAAGCCUCGAAACCCUGGGCAGUUUUACAGUUCUCAGGCCAGCCUCUCACAACGCACAGCUGGUUUGCUCGGGGCCUCCCAGAUCUCCCUUUCAAAAAAAAAUGGAGAAGGAACACUGCCACUGAAGGGUCACGGUUACCCACGGGAGGUGCCAGGGCAGACACCCGUGAUGGUGGGGCCCGGUGGUGGGAAGCUCAGCGCCGACCUUCCUGCUGCACUGCUCUGUCUCCUGGAUGCUGCUCUUUAUGAAACAGCUCAUCCAUGGCAAGGGAGAACUGGGGAAGAUCCUAAUGUGUGAAAAUGAAGCACCUUCCAACCAUGAUUUUCUGUUUAAUGUUAUUUGUGGCCACAGAAUGUUCUCACUAUAGAACCAAGAUCCACACAAAAGAUGGAGAUAAACAACGUUUUGAAGAGAAACCCAAGAUUGGAAAGAUACAAGAGAAAUGCCACGGACCUUGCUUCAGUCCAUCCAACUGCACUGAGCCUUGUGCUCGGCCCUUUCAUGGAGAAAUAGGAUUUACGUGUAAUCAAAACAAGUGGCAAAAAUCAACUGAAACAUGUACCAGCCUUUCUGUGGAAAUGCUUUUUAAGGACUUAAAUAGUGCAUCACGCCUUUCCAUCGCAGCACCCUCUAUACCCCUGCACAUCCUUGACUUUCGAGCACCGGAGCCCAUAGAGAGUGUGGUGCAAGGAAUCCGGAAGAACUGUGUGCAGGACUAUGCCUGCAUAGUCAAUGUCGUGAAAUCCUCGGAAGCCACGUCUGGAAAUAUCGCGUUUAUUGUGGAGAUAUUAAAAAAUAUUUCUACAGACUUGUCUGAUAAUGUUACCCAAGAGAAAAUGAAGAGCUAUAGCAUAGUGGCCAACCACAUCCUUGAUACAGCAGCCAUUUCAAAUUGGGCUUUCAUCCCCGACGAGAAUGCCAGCUCGGAUUUGCUGCAGUCAGUGAAUGUGUUCGCUCGGCAACUCCACAUCCAAAAUGAGUCUGAGAACAUUGUGGAUGAACCCUUCAUUCAGACGAAAGGGUUUUACCUCAACCACAAUACCUCAGAGAAAAGUUUCAGAUUCUCCAGGAACAUUAACAAUACAACGGAGGAUAUCUUAGGAAUGAUAGAAAUUCCCAAGCAUGAGCUGUGGAAGCUGCCACCAAAUACAUCCCAAGCCAUCAGCAUAGCUUUCCCCACCUUGGGGGCUGUUCUGAAAGAAGCCCACUUGCAAGAUAUGAGUCUUCCCAGGCCGGCAAAUGGUCUGGUCCUUUCAGUGGUUUUACCAGAAAGAUUAAAGCAAAUCUUACUCACGUUUGAGAAGAUCAAUAAGUCUCGGAGUGCCAGGGCUCACUGUGUGGGCUGGCACUCCAGGAAAAGGAGAUGGGAUGAGAAGGUGUGUGAAAUGACAUCAGAUACCAGGAACAAAGUGAAGUGCCGGUGUAACUACACCAAUGCAGUCAUGUCUUUCUCCAUCCUAAUGUCCCCCAAAUCUAUAGAUAACAAAAUCCUGGACUACAUCACCUGCAUUGGGCUCAGUGUCUCCAUCCUUAGCUUGAUUCUUUGCCUGUUCAUCGAAGCUAUGGUGUGGUCCCGGGUUGUUGUCACAGAGAUAUCACACAUGCGUCAUGUGUGCAUCGUGAACAUAGCCGUGUCACUCCUGACUGCUAAUGUGUGGUUUAUUAUAUCCUCUAACUUUAGCAAAAAAGCCCAGGACCACAACUGGUGUGUUGCAAUGACAUUUUUUAGCCACUUUUUCUACCUCUCUCUGUUUUUCUGGAUGCUCUUCAAAGCACUGCUCAUUAUCUAUGGAAUAUUGGUCGUUUUUCAUAGGAUGAUGAAGUCCCGCAUGAUGGCCAUUGGCUUUGUCAUUGGCUAUGGAUGCCCGCUGAUCAUUGCUGUCACCACAGUUGCUAUCACUGUGCCAGAGAAAGGCUACGUGAGGAAGGAUGCCUGUUGGCUCAACUGGGAUAACACCAAAGCCCUUUUAGCAUUUGCCAUCCCAGCCUUGGUCAUUGUGGCUGUGAAUCUACUUGUGGUUUUGGUUGUUGCUGUCAACACUCAGAGGCCCUUUAUUGGCAGUUCCAAGUCUCAGGAUGUGGCCAUAAUUCGGAGGAUCAGUAAAAAUGUUGCCAUCCUUACCCCGCUGCUGGGACUGACCUGGGGUUUUGGAAUAGCCACUCUCAUAGAUGGCACUUCAUUGAUAUUCCACAUAAUCUUUGCUCUGCUCAAUGCUUUUCAGGGGUUCUUCAUCUUGCUAUUUGGAACCAUUAUGGAUCACAAGAUAAGAGAUGCUUUGAGGAUGAAGAUGGCUUCACUGAAGGGGCAGCCAAGAGUAGCAGAGAAUGCAUCAUUAAGCCCAACCAAUGGAUCUAACUUAAUGAAUCGUUGAGCAUGAGAUGCUUUCCCAUUUCUCACGGAUGUGUUAUGCCCUGGACUGAAAACUGAACUCCAGGAGAAGGAAGGCUGGCAUGAAAAUAGACAGUUAUGCUUCCUUGCAAGGCUUCCUCUUCUUGCCCGGAGCAACACCUAAGCUCUGGAUGUGAAAGUGUUUCUUGAGGAAAAGUUGGUGCUAAAAUUUGAUGACUAGGCUUUAAAGAAGCAAAUCUACUGACCCUUUGACCUACCAACCCUGUGACCUGCCCUUGACCUGCAAGAGCUUGGCUUCUUGGACAACCUUGGCACAAUUAAGACUCAACCUGCAAGCUAUUUGACAACCUCUGGAAAAGCUUGAGGCUACUGAGGCCCUGCUGGACUUGAUCAGCUCUCACUCCCGAGCUGGCUGGCACCAUGCCUCCUGGGCUCAAUCACCCACCAUUCUGUGUGGGCCCUGGGCAUGUGGAGGGACAGGAGUUGGAUUUGGUUUCAGAAGUAGGGUUGUGGGUGCAAGUGGGAAGGAAGGUGGCAAGGGAAAUAUUGAGUCUUCUUGGAGACAGUUAAGUCACAGCAGGCAGGUUUCUCAAAGAUAGAGAACAGAGGAGAAAUAAGAGGACUUUUAAAGGUGCUUUUGAUUUUAGUUUAUUUUAAACCUUGAGUAAAAUUAAUUUAGCUACUAGGACAUUAGUUUCCUCAUUUGUGAAACAGGAAAAAUAUCCUUAUAGGUGUUACUGUUGUUGUUUUUGUGUGUUGUAUGUCUGUUUAAACACUGUAUAAAAAGAAGAUUCUCACUGUUAUUUUAGA